AGUGAAAAAUCAUGGACGCUUGUUUCACCACCUUUGAUAAAGACGGGGACGGAUUUUUGUCAAUCACAGAAUUUGAGCUUAUUUGCCGUGCUCUUUUUCGUAAUGAUAGAGGCAAAAUUUAUGGUCUUGAAGACAAUCAAUUAAGAGAGAUCUUCUCAAUAUUUGAUAUUAAGGAAGAUGGGUUUCUUGAUAAGGACGAAUUUGAGGUUUGCUGGAAUCGAUGGAUAAAAGUUUGUACAAGACCAAAAAGUGCCUUUCUUGUUGUUGAUGUGCAAAAUGAUUUUAUAUCUGGAUCAUUAAACAUUAAACAAUGUGCAGCCCAGCACGAUGGGUCUGAAGUAAUCGAACCUAUUAACCGACUAUUGGAAUCAGUUCCAUUUGAUGCAGUGUUUUAUUCCUUGGAUUGGCAUCCUAUUGAUCAUGUUUCAUUUAUUGACAAUUUACAUCUGCGGGAAGUGGACUCUACAAGUGGAAUUCCAAAGGAAGCAGCACGUGUAUAUGAUACAGUGACAUUCAAAGGGCCACCAUUAUUAAAACAGCGUUUAUGGCCACGUCAUUGCGUUCAAGAUUCCUGGGGUGCAGAACUUCACAAGGAUUUAAAGAUCUUAGACAAUGCUGUUAAGAUUUACAAAGGAACCAAUCCAGAAGUUGAUUCAUAUUCCGUUUUUUGGGACAAUAAAAAGUUGACUGAAACAACAUUAGCCUCGCAGUUGCAAACUCAAGGUGCAACAGAUAUAUACAUAUGUGGCUUAGCAUAUGAUGUAUGCGUUGGUGCCACUGCUGUAGAUGCACUCACCAGCGGUUAUCGUACAAUUCUAAUUGAUGACUGUAGUCGUGGUGUUGAUCUUGUGGACAUAGAAAAAACAAAGGCAACUGUAAUUGCUAGUAAUGGCGUAAUAGUUAACUCAAGCCAAGUAAAAGCAAUGGUCGAAGGACGAGACCGUAGGCCAGAACUUGGGUACAAAUUAGCUUUAGAGAUUAAACGGAACAUGAAUUCAUCAGAUAAGAAUAGUUAGUUAUUUUUGUGAACCUUAAAUCUAAAGUCUCCAAAGUACUUCCCCUUGAUAUAGAACUAUAAAUUAAGAAUCACUAACCUCAGUGGAAUAGGACUCAAAUAAUGUUCUUCCUGUUUCUUAUUAUUUUAAGUGCAUUUUAUUUAAUCGAAUAAUAUUUAGGGUUGUCAUUCAACAACGACAAUUAAAAAGAAAUGUUUUCCGUGAUAAAGAAGUUGAAUAAUCGACUUACAUUAUCAAAUAAAUAAACAACUAAUUUUAAGAAAUGUAUCCACAA